GAGUUGAAUAAGGAAAUAGCAGACACUUCAAACUGGAAUACUUUUGAUGACACAAGUGAAGACCAAGUUCAAGCCCAGGGCAUGACCCUAGAGACACUGAUGUGGAUCAGACCAUUAUAAAAGGAUGGGUUCCAGCUGCAGUGGUCAGAAACGUCAGAAAGAUGACAUCCACCAUCCAGGGAAAGGCUCUCAAACCACCAACUCCUCCAACCACACUGCACACAAUACGGAACAGGCUUCCGGGAAUGACGAAGACGUUGUCAUUGCUCUGCACGACUUCAAACCAACCACGGACAAUGACCUGCCGUUCAAAAAGGGAGAGAGGCUUCAGAUCCUCGAGGAGAAUGGGGACUGGUGGCUUGCUAAGUCACUGGUGACGGGAGAGGAAGGGUGCAUUCCAUGUACGUACGUGGCCAGAGUAGACACCCUAGAAAUAGAAAAAUGGUUUUUCAAGGACCUGAGUCGUAGAGAGACAGAGCGUAUUCUCCUGGCUCCGGGGAAUAAAGCUGGGUCUUUUCUAGUUCGAGAGAGUGAGACCACCAAAGGUGCUUUCUCCCUGUCCAUCAGAGACGCAGGGCUGGAGCAUGGGGAUGUGGUGAAACACUACAAGAUCCGCUCCCUGGAUAACGGAGGGUUCUACAUCUCUCCGUCCACCUCCUUCUCUUCCCUGCAGGAGCUGGUCAAGUACUACACACGUACGUGUGAUGGGUUGUGUCAGCGUCUGAACGCCCCCUGCAAGCCGAAGGCCCCCAUUCAGCCGUGGGCCCAGGACGAGUGGGAGAUCCCCAGAGACUCGCUGAAAAUGGUCAGGAAGUUGGGAGCAGGACAGUUUGGAGAAGUCUGGAUGAGUUACUAUAAGGGCAAUCAGAAGGUGGCGGUGAAGACCCUGAAGGAAGGGACCAUGGAGCCUGAGGCCUUCCUCCAGGAGGCUAACCUGAUGAAACAGCUGCAACACGACAGACUGGUCCGCCUCCACGCCGUCGUCACCAUGGAACCCAUCUACAUCGUCACAGAGUUCAUGAUCAAUGGAAGUCUGUUGGACUUCCUAAAAACAGACGAGGGCAAGAAGUUGAAGCUCACCAAACUGAUAGACAUGUCAGCCCAGAUAGCUGAAGGCAUGGCCUACAUUGAGAAGAAGAACUAUAUCCACAGAGACCUGCGAGCCGCCAACAUUCUGGUCAAUGAGACGCUCCAUUGCAAGAUAGCAGACUUUGGCCUGGCCAGGAUCAUAGAAACAGAGUACACAGCAAAAGAAGGUGCGAAGUUUCCCAUUAAGUGGACGGCUCCGGAGGCCAUCAACUUUGGAACGUUCAGUAUAAAGACAGACGUCUGGUCUUUUGGCAUCCUGCUGACUGAGAUAGUCACCUAUGGAAGAAUUCCCUAUCCAGGUAUGACGAACCCUGAGGUGAUUCGUAACCUGGACAGGUGUUACAGGAUGCCCUGUCCGGAGGGCUGUCCUGGGGAACUUUAUGACCUCAUGAUGACCUGCUGGAAGGAGAGACCAGAGGAACGGCCCACCUUCGAACACCUGCAGGAAACUCUCAAUGACUUCUUCAUCGCCACUGAGGGACAAUAUGAGAUGCAGAUCUGACGGUGAACUCAAAGUCAUCAUUCAAUGCUUCAGUCAAAGCACCAACCCCCCCCCCCCCCCC